CAUGUGCAGCGGCAAAAGAUGGUGGCCACCAGGAGAGGAACGCGCGUGAGCUCGCCGGAGAAAAACACAAACGAUGAAGUCACGGAAACGCCGGGAUCCACCAUCAGAAGAACGAGAAGUAGAACGGUGAUUGUCCCAACACCGUCCCAAUCCGAACACACCAGUGACUCCCAGCAGGAUGAAGCAGAAGAGAAGGACAUGUCUUUAGAUAAACCAGCCAUUUUACCAAAAAAGGAAACUAAAAGUUCUAAACGUCGUCCCACAAACAAACAGCCAGAAUCCACACAUGAAGCAGAUGUGUCUGAAUCCGAAUCUUGCUGUUCCGUGACAUCGGAUGUCCACCCGACCUCUAGAAUCACAAGAAGGGCAACCAGAGCGGAACCUACAACUGUGGAGGAACAGAAGGCAUCUAAAGCAGAAUCUAGUUCUUCUUCGUUGGGUAAAACGCCACGCAGGUCCACAAGAGGUCAGAACAAACCUGUUCCUGUUUUAGAGUCUACCACUUCACAGGAAGAUGAGCACUCUGAGGCUGAGUCCUGCAGCUCUGUGGUGUCUCUGUCCAGAAGGCUUACUCGGAGCCACGUGAAGCGUACUGUUGCUCCUACAGAUACGGCCCACUCAGAGGCUGAUUCUUGCUCUUCUGUAGUUUCUGGACCACAGGGUUCCACUGUCCGUAGGUCCACACGCAGCAGAGUCAAGGUCACUGAGCCAAUCCCUAUCAAUUUGGAGCACAGUGAAACUACAGAGGCUUCUGCUGCUCUUGAGCCCAGGAGGACCAGGGGGCAGAGAGGCAAAGCAAAGUCUGCUGAGAAAGACCAGGCAGAUGACUCUGACGGAUGUCACUCUGGACCUAGCUUGAGUCCCAAAAGAACCACUCGAAGUCGGGUAGCUGAUUCAGAUUCAGAAUCAGUAUCGACUGCGUACACGUCUCUUGACAGUCCUUGUUCUCCACAGGGCAGGGGAACCCCUUGCAGUAGCCGAACUGGCUCAGCUAGCAGCAACCGUGCUCUUCGAGUUUCUAGAUCCAAAAGUGUCAGAACGACAUCAAAUGUGCAUUGUAUGUCCUCACUGGUCUCCAAAAGUGUCAAAAAGGACAGUGAAAAGAAUGAACCUGAGAGAGACCAGGUUGAAACUACAGAGGAUGUUUCUUUUGUACCUAAAAGUGGAACGACAUCUGAUGUGGAGGAUGUAGAGGAGGAGGGUGAUGAGGAAGACACAAAUAACAAAACGGUUAUUGCUGCAGAUCAAGAUUGUUUCGUUUCUGAAGAUAAUAAUGGGAAUGUUACUCUAACCCUGGAUGAAACUGAAGCUCAAGUGGGUAAAUCUGAGAGCAGACGAGACAUUUCUUCUGACGCUAAGAAAGAUGUAAAAGAAUCCCUGAAAGUUGCAGGCAAGCCCAUGGAAACACAUGGGGCUGGUUCUAUAGAGGAACUCGAAGCCAUUGAAGAGGAAUCAAGUUGUGUAUCAGUGAUGCCCCAAGAGAGUUUUCCAGGGGCUGAUCAGUCAAAACUUGCAAAGGAACAAGAUACUGACGUCCAGCAAAGAACUAACACUGAAGGACCGUCAUCAAGCUCAGAAGUGACGAAGACAAGUAUUGAGAAGACCAAGCCUGUGAAGGAAUUGGUCAGCUUGCUGGACAGCAGCGAGGAUGAGGGGAGUGAUGAUGAUGAUGUACUCUCUGUGGAUGGAGGUAGUGAUGAGGCUGUAGACUUAGACAGCGAGGAUGGAAUGUGUUGUUCUGAGGAUCAGCCAGGCCCCUCCGGUGCACCAGACUCGCUCACGGGUGACGAGCUGUUUGUCAUUGAUGCACGUCCUGGAUAUCAGCCUAGCCAGAAAUACUACAUUGAUGCUACAAAGUCCGAAAUCGACGAUUCCAAAGCUACUGAGGAAGAAGAGGAUUUUGUUGAUGAGGAGGGGGAGGAUGAGGAUGAGGAGGAGGAUGAAGACUCAAAAGUUCUUUUUACUACAAGGAAGCCAGCACUGACUGAUUUAUCAAGUUCUAUUGACCCAGGGCUAAAAGUAAAGGCUCUUGGAGGAUUAUAUAUUAACUUUGAUGGGAGUAAAUCCAGAUCUGUCUCCAACACCCUGAAGAAGCUGAAGGAGCAGAAGAACCAGGAUGAGUUGCUAAAGAAGAGUGUGAUUGUUGCAGACUUUGAAAAGAAAGACACUGUACCACCAUACAAGGAAUCCAAACAUGCUGCUAAAUUAAAACGCAAGGAGGAGAGAGCCAAGACCACAGGAGAUGGCUGGUUCAACAUGAGAGCUCCUGAAUUAACAGAGGAACUGAAGAACGAUCUCAAGGCUUUACAGAUGCGUUCAGCCAUGGACCCAAAGCGCUUUUACAAGAAGAAUGACCGAGAAGCGCUUCCCAAAUACUUUCAAAUUGGAACAGUGGUUGAUAACCCAAUAGACUUCUACCAUUCCCGAAUUCCUAAGAAAGAGAGGAAGAGAACUAUUGUGGAGGAAUUGCUUGCUGAUGCUGAGUUCAGAAGUUUUAACAAGAGAAAGUAUAGAGAGAUCAUUGCAGAAAAAGCAGCAGCAGCAGCUGGAAGAAUGAAUAAAAAGAGGCAUAAAUUGCAUAAAAAGAAAUAAUUGUGAAGAAAAACCUGUAAAACGGAGCUAAGCAUGGUUAAGCCUGUUAACAACUGUGGCUGUUUUUUGUUUUCCUGACUGAAGAAGCUUGAUUGUGCCACCAGUUUGGAGGAUUGGACAAAAUGACCGUUCUUCCAUUAAGACCUCUCACAGACUGAUCAGCAAUAAAUCAUGUAAACCAGC